GAAGAAGAAGAGGUGGGGGAGAGUCUCAUGCGUGGACGAAUCAGUCACCGAUUGCGCAUCGUUGAAACGAUCGGCGCUCCGUAGGUUCGCGCCAGUCGGUGCCCUUGCCACUCUCGCGGAAAAGCGCACACUGAAACGGGCGACGCUCGAGCGCCCGGUGUUUAUUCCGCGCCCCGUUCGCGUCGGUUGACGGUCUCCGUUUGAGAGUAGUAAGCGAAGCCACAAACUCCACGACGACGCCGCUACUACUGCUGGCUACCGAUCGGCCCCUCUCGUCGUCACCGACGAGCCCGCCACCGCUGCUCCAGCCCGGGUCUACCACUAGCCCUGAGUCAUCGUCGGAAGACAUGGGGCCCGUCCACAUACUCGAACAGCCGCACCUGAUCUGGGGCCGCGAGAUGCCACUGGCGAGGACGCCGCUCUGCCAAGCAGCCGAGUCUGACGUUUCGGACGACAGUCCCGUGGCGGCGCUGGACAUGUCCCUCGCGGCGUCCCGACCCUCACCGUCUCCCCCGCUGUCCCAAAGCCCGACGCCCUCGUCGUCCCUGCUGCUGGCGUCCAGCGCCGCGGCCGCCAUGAGCGUGGCCAGCCUGACGGGCGGCGCCCACCCCAAGAAGUCGCCGCAGCCCAUACCGGCCGAAUGUAAGGACGAGGCGUACUGGGAGCGCCGCAAGCGCAACAAUGAGUCCGCCAAGCGCUCCCGGGAGCUGCGGCGCAUCAAGGAGCAACAGACGGCGCUGCGGGUGCUCUACCUGGAACAGGAGAACCUGCAGCUGCGCACCGAGCUCACCAUGUUGCGCAGCGAGGUGGACAAACUGAGGCAGCUCCUCUUCGUCGGCAAGCACCCCAGCUGACGAGAAGGCCCCCUGCUCUGGCGGGCCUGCUGAAUCAGUGGGCAAGGCCCUCGCCAACGACCCAGGUCGACCGAUCUCUCGGGCAGCGGCAUUGACGACGACGGUGGUGGCGGCGUGCGACGGCGUAGAAGACGUCGUCCUUGUUCACGCGGACCACCCGUCCUCAUCAGACUAGUCGACGACGAGGGUUCUCUCUCGUCACCUUCGUGUGUGGUGUCUCGGCAGCCGUACUCUUCCAAGUGCACGCAUUCUUUUUCUCUCUCUCCUGGACUCAUAAACCGUGGAAGACCAGGCCCACUGGGGGGGGGGGGUGCACUGGGCAAUCAGUGUCGAAGAAACGUUUUCAGCGAAGGCAGCCGGAGAGAAUUAGUGGCCGUUAGUCCAGCACGAUUUCGUCUCCCUGCCAAGGCUUUUUAUCAUGCCGUUUUAUAAACGUCCGGCCGAUCGGUCACCACCCCCCAGUAUUCUGCAACCCGAAAAAACGAAACGCAGGGCCAAAAAAAAUGAAGCAUUUAGUUCAUUGGGAGCGGCACCCAAGUACGGCAUUUUUUAAGUUUCGUUCGCAAGAGUUUCCAGCUCUACAAUGUCUUGCUUGGGGGGUAAAAAGCUACAUUUUGAUCUCGAUUUCCAGUUAUUAAUAAUAAAGAACAUGGCUGCAAUCGUGCAACUCUCAAGAAAAAAAAAGAACACAGGGCGGCAGUGGCGUACCUUGUAUAAAAGUUCAGUUACCUCGCCACUGCCGUCCUCGGGGUGAAGACAACAGUGGCGGCUCAACCGAUCCACACUGUCGUGCACGCCUAACGUAAGCUGCCAUGAGAACUUGCUUCUCCACAUUUUCUUUUUUUUCUGGAAGCACGUAGGGGUAGCUGCCAUGGAAAAUGUAAUAUAUUUUUCAAAGUAGAGGACUUUAGACGGUGCACAUCAGCCCAACCCCACUCCUUCCCAUCGUUCCUUCAUUCUUGUUUGUCUCUCACUUUAUUAAUUUAUUUAACUUAUUCAUAAUACAGUCGAAGCAAGACGGGGGGCUGUAUGUGUUAUAGCUUUCCUCUCCUCCGAUGACAUCGUCCCGAGUGCAUGUAAAAGAGGAAGGCUUUCGCGACGUGCGCCUACGAUACCCACUUCAAGACAUGUGCCCACAUCGAACGGUUCUGCCAGACUCUUUUUAAAACAGUUUGUAGAGAUGUAGGAGAACCGUGGUGACGACUGUGCGCACUCGUCGGUGACUUGAUGGACAGAUGGACUGACAACGCGUGCGCGGCGUAGAGAUUACUGAGCAACGAAUCUGUGAUCCACGACCAGUCCAGCAUUGUUCUUUGAUAUGCCUCUUCCUUUGUUCUCCAUUGCAUUACUCCUCGCUUUCUUGCAAUUGUAUAAGUUAUGAUGAAAGAGUGAACAAUUGCCGGCAUUGUGAUAAGAGAGUGUGUGAGCGACUGCCCGGCUUGCAGCUCCCUUCAUGUUUCUCUACUUCUUUGUGUUCCAGUUUGCGUUUGUUUUUUCUUUUACCACUGAUGAGACUGUUAAGUUUUGUGUGUUUUUUUAUUUAAAUAGAGGAUAAAAGAUGUGAUGACAGAGCCGCUUUUUUAUUAUACUGUUACUUCGUGUUGCAUUUCUUUGUGAAGCUGUUGAAGCUAGCACACCGGUGUGAAGCCGAGGGGAUAAAAUAUGCAGACAGGCUUAUCCGCGAAGUGUUUAAUGAAAGCGAGUGGCCUGCGUCCACGAAUGACCAAAGAGUACCGCCUAACCUAACCAUCAUGGCCUUUCAGCGAUGGCGGGUUCUCGUUAAGUUUUCGUGCACAACUGUUAAGCACUUGCAAAAUGACAUGUCAGCUAGAAUGUGCGCUGGAACCGACUUGUAAAUAAAAGGCAAAAAAUGUUUU